GAAGUAAUUUACACGAUCUGUGACGCAACAAAUAAGGUAUGGCACAGGUUUUGGCAGUACCAGGAGAUGUUAGACAUGGAUUUUCUUAUAUAGGCCAAUUCAACCAUGACUUCGGCCGGAUUACUGGGAUAGCAGGUACAAUAAAGGGGAACAUUUUGUUAUGUGACCAUGAUAAAAAGAAUCUGAUAUUAGUUGAUCCUCAUGGAAGUUAUUUAAAGAAGCUUGACUUAGACAGUGAACCGUAUGAUGUGGCUAUAACGAGUCAAAAUAUAGGCUAUAUUACACAAACUAAUUCCAGGUCUGUCCUACAAAUUGACCCUGACAGAAUGAUUGUACUCUUAAAAGCAACUAGCAACGAGCUUAGCACUACCGUGUCUUGUGUUUCAGCAGUACCAAAUACUGGAAGGGAUUAUUCAGACAAAGAUCCUUGUUUCUUUGGCGUUAAUAUACAUGGUUUGAUGUAUGCUGUUUCUGUCAAUUACGAGCAGAUUAACCUCACAAACAUAUCUAAAAAUGGACGCAUAAUUGGUACACGUGUUGUAAAGUUCCAUACAGUUAAUAAAGAUUCUUGCUUAUUUUGUACAGGCGGUCAAAAUUAUAUCACGUAUAACGGAAAUUGGAACGGUUCAAAUAAGAUUUAUAACAUUGCCACCUUAGAUACACCCACUGCCAUAUGCUCUGACGACAACGGUCACAUCUACGUCAGUGGACAGGGAUCGAACAACAUACACAGAUUGAUAUGUGAAUCAAAAAAGACGAAGAUAAAAAAUAGCAGGGGACUUGAAAUGUAUAGACUAGAACAGGAUUAUAAAGUAUUAGACAUACCAUUGGAUUCACAGCAUGGAAUCAAGGAACCUGUCGCCUUGUGCUUCAACAAAGACAAUAGUAAACUGUAUAUUGUCAACGAAUGGGGGAAAUCGAUUUUGGUUUUCGAUGUUAUUUGAUCAAAAUUAGUGUGUGUCACACUGCUAUAAAUCCAAUGAAAUUCUUCAUGUACAUUGUGUGGUUCAAGUUUCUUUUAUCUAUUUGUAAAUAUUUCAAUGUAAGUAUUUUGUCAAAAUUUAAAGAAAAUUUAAAGACCCAAAUGCUAGUAUGUUUUAGUCAAAGUGUUGGGUACCCUUGGUUCGGCUUUAUGUAUAUUGUACUAAGAAUAUUUUGUUUUUUGCUCAUGUGCAGUGUGAUCAAAAUCUAGCAAAUACAAGCGUUCAAACCGGUGAAAUGGCCGUCUUACACUUUCAGUGAGGUGAAGAAAUACAAAUUCAUGUUUAAAGCCUAAUUAUAAGUUCCUGUGUUUUUGCAUUUUUCUUGUGAAUAGAAAUUUUGCGUCAUUACUUGAUACAAAAUACCCCUUCUUUUCCAAAAGAUUCAAUCAUACCACAUCUCCUUUUAUUCACAUGUAUCACUCUCAGCAAAGUGUUAAUCUAAAAACCAGUGAUUCUUAUUGCUUCUCAUUGUUGAAAUCAAAAAUAAAAUCGUUAGUUCAUUUUUCGAAUUGCAUUGAAUUAGGACUGGAUAGUAUUUGUUAUUGAUUAUAGUUAUUCAACUAUAAAUGGUGUGGGACUGUUGUAAUUAGUUCGCACUAAUACUACUACAGCAUUCAUAAAUAUGUGUUGUAUUUAGCAGUGUCAGAUUGGCACUUAAAAAACUACUUAGAUUUAUUAUUGUUUACCUCCAUAAGGAUGAUCAGUAUCAUGUAGCUAAUUUGUAUUUUCAAUAUAAAUAUUAUUAUGCAUAUCUUUACUACCAAGACAACGGGGUAUAUCAUAAAUUACACCAUUCCAUUAUUUUACACAGAAUUAAUAUUAUCAAUAGUUAACAAGUUCCGGGUCGAACCCGAUAUCAAUAUAUAUAUAUAUAUAUACAAGUCUUAAUUGAAAACAACAUUCAAACCUAUGAUUGCGUUGGAUAAAAACCGCAAUUUUUAUACGUGUGCAUGCAAAACAAAUUUCUUGUUAGAGGGGUCUAAAUACAGCACAAACAACAUUUUCCAAAAGACCAAAAAAGUGAAAAAGUAUAUUUUAACAAAACGCAUUUGACUAACAGGUCGAACAACAAAUGUUCUUAAACCCUGCCGACUGCCAUUGGCGAUUGCCAAAUAAACGGAUCACCAGGUGUAAUAAAUGGAUCCUAUACAUAAAUUAAUACCAAACAGAAAACAAUAAACUUGCGGCAAAGAUGGUAUACCGCAAACAAAAGGUGCAAAUAUUUUUGUACACCAUAUCCGGAUUUCGACAAUUAAUGUCUCUUCAGUGAUGUUAGGAAUCGAAACGGUAUUUGGAAGGCCAUAUAAUUUACCUCAAUUUAGGAUAGACUCUUCAAUUUUGAGGAGUCAAAAUAGGAUGAACGGAUCAUAUAAACCCGAAGGCAAAUAUAAUACAAGCCCAAACGAAAACAUAUAAACAAGUCUAAAUUGAAAACAACAUUCAAACCUAUGAUUGCGUUCGAUAAAAACCGCAAUUUUUAUACGUGUGCAUGCAAAACAAAUUUCUUGUUAGAGGGGUCUAAAUACAGCACAAACAACAUUUUCCAAAAGACCAAAAAAGUGAAAAAGUAUAUUUUAACAAAACGCAUUUGACUAACAGGUCGAACAACAAAUGUUCUUAAACCCUGCCGACUGCCAUUGACGAUUGCCAAAUAAACGGAUCACCAGGUGUAAUAAAUGGAUCUUAUUUAUAAAUUAAUACCAAACAGAAAACAAUAAACUUGCGGCAAAGAUGGUAUACCGCAAACAAAAGGUGCAAAGAUUUUUGUACACCAUAUCCGGAUUUCGACAAUUAAUGUCUCUUCAGUGAUGUUAGGAAUCGAAACGGUAUUUGGAAGGCCAUAUAAUUUACCUCAAUUAAGGAUAGACUCUUCAAUUUUGAGGAGUCAAAAUAGGAUGAACGGAUCAUAUAAACCCGAAGGCAAAUAUAAUACAAGCCCAAACGAAAACAUAUAAACAAGUCUAAAGUGAAUACAACAUUCAAACCUAUGAUU